AUGAUGAUGAUGCGUAACGUGCUGUUUGGUUUGGUUCUUUUACUCUGUUGCGUUUGCGUUUCUGUGCUUGCAGCUCAAAGUGUAGAACCUCAGGAUAGCGGUGCACUGGGUGGUCCAAGAGCUUUGGAGUCUGAGGCUGAUACUGUGCAAGACGAUUUGGCGACAGAAAGAUCUAAACAUUGCGCUGAUGAUCAAACGGAAAGUGAUUCUUGCAAAAACCAAACCGCAGGAGAUUCGGUUACAAAAGGUGAUGAAAGGAAAAACUUAAACACCGGAGAUAAUACAGUUCGACAAACAACGUCCUCAGUGGGACCUCGUCAACCCACUACUUCUGAUCGUCCUGAUACCAUGGCAGAAAAGCAGAGUGAAGAAGCUCAAGGGACGAGUGAAGGUAAAGGGAAAGACGGGUCGACUGGGAAGGAAGGGGAACCUAAAGAAAAUGAGAGACUAGCAUCAGUAAGUAAUGACUUAUCCCAUUCUGCAAGCGAUGCGAAGGCAAGCGGACCUGUGAGCAAACAGUCUCUUAACGUGGAAAAUGGUAGUCAAGGUGGAGCCGGUCCAGCCGACAAUACUGGACAAUCUCAAGAAGGUCAUCUCACACCAUCAACAUCCUCUUCUAUAUCACCCAAUACACAUUCCGCAGAUACAUCCUCUGACAGCAGUACACCAAACACUUCUCCCAGUACUUCAGCCACACCAGCUAAUGGAGGAUCAGAAACCAAAACGACCGGGAAUGACACUCCAGCGGCAGGACGUGAGUCUUCAAAUAACACCGAGGAUGGAGAAAAUACAGAACCAACAACGAAUACCUCAGCGAACACGAACCCUGACACUACCAAUACACCCACUGAGGAGGACUCAGCCACCACCACCACAACAACAACCACAACAACACUUCCUCCUGAACUCACAAACAACAAGAAGGGUGAUGCAGACAGCAGCAGUAUCAGCCGUUCUGUGUGGGUGCGUGUACCACUACUGAUUGUGGUUACACUGGCCUGUAUUCUUGUGUGCUGA